CCGGCCACCGCAGGGGCGGGGUCGGCCCGGAUCACCUGGGCCGAGGCGGAACUCAGGGGUCUGGUCACUGCACGUAGAACCUGGAACUGAGACUCACCUGUGUGGGAGGCUGAGGCGGGGCCAGCGCGAAAACUCACCUGAGCCAGAGGGAAACCCGGCCUGGGAGCAGCCCCCGGGCUCGCCCAGCGCGGAGAGGGAGGCGCCCCGCGGCUGGCCCGAGGCAACCCUCCGUCCGUCCGUGCGUCCGUCCCGGCGCGGCCGCCAUGACCUGGAGCGCCACGGCCCGGGGCGCCCACCAGCCCGACAACACCGCGUUCACGCAGCAGCGCCUCCCGGCCUGGCAGCCGCUGCUGUCCGCCAGCAUCGCGCUGCCGCUCUUCUUCUGCGCGGGCCUGGCCUUCAUCGGCCUGGGCCUGGGCCUCUACUACUCCUCCAACAGCAUCAAGGAGCUCGAGUACGACUACACCGGCGACGCGGACACCGGCAACUGCUCGGUGUGCGCCGAGGCCGGCGAGGGCCGCGCGCCGCCGCCCAACUGCUCGUGCGCCUGGUACUUCUCGCUGCCCGAGUUCUUCCAGGGCCCCGUGUACCUCUACUACGAGCUGACCAACUUCUACCAGAACAACCGGCGCUACAGCGUGUCCCGCGACGACGCGCAGCUGAGCGGGCUGGCCGGCGCGCUGCACCACCCGACCAACGACUGCGCCCCCUACCAGUUCAGCACGAGCGGCCUGCCCAUCGCGCCCUGCGGCUCCAUCGCCAACAGCCUCUUCAACGACUCCUUCUCCGUGUGGCACCAGUACCAGACCGGCGGGCCCUACGUCGAGGUGCCUCUCGACCGCACCGGCAUCGCCUGGUGGACCGACAACCACGUCAAGUUCCGCAACCCGCCGCUGGUGAACGGCAGCCUGGCGCUGGCCUUCAGCGGCACGGCGCCCCCGCCCAACUGGCAUCGGCCGGUCUACGAGCUCAGCCCCGACCCCAACAACACCGGCUUCAUCAACCAGGACUUCGUGGUGUGGAUGCGCACGGCCGCGCUGCCCACCUUCCGCAAGCUGUACGCGCGCAUCCGCCAGGGCAACUACUCGGCCGGGCUGCCGCGGGGCGCCUACCGCGUCAACAUCACCUACAACUUCCCGGUGCGCGAGUUCGGCGGCCACAAGCUCAUCAUCUUCAGCAGCAUCUCGUGGAUGGGCGGAAAGAACCCCUUCCUGGGUAUCGCCUACCUGGUCGUCGGCUCCCUCUGCAUCCUCACGGGCUUUGUCAUGCUGGUAGUCUACAUUCGCUACCAGGACCAGGACGACGACGACGACGACGACGACUGAUUCCAGCACUCCAAGGACCCUUCCUGCUUCUUGCCAAAACUCUUGCCGGCUUCUUUUGGCGUCUCCUCCACCCCUCACCCAAUUCCAACCUUGCCACACUUUUCCUCCCAUGGCGGAUGAGGGGGCCAGAGAAAGGAAUUACCCUCUUUCUCUUGGGGGCUGCUGGACUCUCUUGCUAGGGUGUUUGCACUGCAGAGUGAAACAUCAUUGCGAAUUCUCCUCACCUCCUUCACAACACCGAGUUGACAUGUUAGAUUCUUAAAGUCUGUAGCACCUGAGCGUGGAAGGGAUGGUAGAGACUCCUCUUCAACCCAUAUCAGAUGAAGAGAUUGAGAGACCUAGCAGUGUUAAACAACUCAUUCAAGAUUAUGCAGCUAGCUGGCAGUUGGCUCCUGACUCUGAGUCUAGGGCUUUUCUUUUUUGUGGGGAGAGGGGGAGGUUGGGAUAGAGAGUGAGGCCCACAGAUUACCUGCAGAGGCAUGGAGGGGUGCUGGUGGGGAGAAUAUACUUGUUAAAUGGGUAAGUAGAUUAGGAGGUGCCAAGCCCAGAGAUUCUGAUACCAUAGGGCUGAGGUGAGACCCUUGAAGCUGUGUUUUAACAAGCUCCUCUGGUGAUUCCUGUAUUCCCUCAAAUUUGAGAAUCAUUACCCUGAGCUAGGUUGGUGACUGCCUAAAGCAGUCAUCUAAAUUGAAUUUUUCAGAUUGUAAUUUGCUCCCAGGAGCAAUGACAAUCAUGUUGUAGGUUUGAUUUAACACUUUGCCUUGAACGUAGGAAGUUGUGAAUGAUUUAUGGAAUGAAUGGGAGAAAAACUGCUCUCUCUAGAAAACAAGUUGGCAUAUUGGUUUGCAGGACGGGGUUUGUGUUGAUUUGUGUAAUAUUUUAGUGUAAAAACAGACAUUCAAACUUCACCAGGUACUGUGUAGAAACUUGAAAAUGCAGGGCCAGUCUGUACAGUUCAGAGGGGAUGUUUCAAUUUUAGAAUCAGAUAGCUGGAAGGGAUCUCACAAGGAAAGUAAUUUCCCUAAAGUCACAUCUAUGUCUCCUGACUUCUGGCCGAAUCCUCUUUGUCAUCUAUUAUUAUUAUUAUUAUGUUCAGAGAAAGAGGGCUUUAUUCAUACCUUUCCCUUGGAUCUGAAAAAAAAAACCUUAAAUUUAUAUUCUCAAAUGAAACAUAUAAGUUUCUAGUAAUCAUGUUUAAAUGAAUGCUAAGGCAUACAGUUUUUUUUUUUUUUUUUUGGU